AUGACGCAAGCGUCAUCGGAUUUCCGAACGUGUCGGGAAGAGUUUCGUUGUAACGACGAUGGAUUCUUUACGUUCACUUCCACUGAGCAGAAACGUGUAGAAGACUUGGUGGAAGAUCAGGUAAAAGGGUACGGGAACACAGACCAAGGCGAUGUCCCUGCUCCAGUGCUACACAGAAGCCUCCACGUCGAUUAUCUAACGAAAGCUUUGAGGGAGUGCGGUCGUGGAUACAGCGGCUUUGGAUGCAAGCCGUUCAUGGAUGUGCUACUGGGGACUGCACAGCUUGAAUAUACUUGGCGUAUCUUUGCCGCAUAA